AUGGCUGAAUGGUGGUACAAUGCCACCUAUCACUCUGCCAUUAAGUGCACUCCUUAUGAGGUGCUCUAUGGUCAAAAGCCUCCUAUCCAUCUUUCUUAUUUGGCUGAAGAGUCUCAAAAUGAAAUGGUUGAUAGAUCCUUGGAGGCUAGAGAAGAAAUCAUUGAGUUGCUCAAAUUUCACCUCUCCAUAGCUCAACAAAGAAUGAGAGAUAUGGCCAACAAACACAGAUUUGAUAGAAGUUUUGCUAAAGGGGAUUGGGUCUAUCUCAAGUUGCAGCCCUACAAACAGGUAUCUGUGGUGACAAGACCAUUCAAUAAGCUAGCAGCUAAGUAUUUUAGGCCCUAUGUGGUUCUUGCUAAGGUUGUUGCAGUUGCUUACAAGCUCCUCCUACCUGCUGAUGUGCUUAUCCACCCCACCUUUCAUGUUUCUCAAUUGAAGAGGUGCGUUGAGGUUCCAUCUGUUAUUUCUCAUCCUCCAGUGCUGCACUUAUCUAGUCCCUAUUGUCCAUUGCCAGAGGCUGUUUUGGAGAGAAGAAUGGUUAAAAGGGGUAAUAGAGCUGUUUGUCAGAUUCUGGUCAAGUGGUUAGGCAUUGAUGCUGGCCAAUCCACUUGGGAAUUCCUCACUGAGAUGCAACACAGAUUUCCAGAUUUUCAGACACAACUUUCUUCAGAUUUCCAUCCUUGA